AUGGUUUGGCGACUGGCUGAGAUGUUAUACGUUCAUAUUAAUUAUGGAAAAAUUUGGGUGAAAACUAAAAAUCAGAAGAGAGAGAAAGAGAGAGAAAAGGGGAAUGGUUUGAGGGGGAGAUGCAUAAGAGGAAGGGUGGAGCGAAACUGGAAAUUUGGUACAUUGUUGAGAUUCUUUAACGUUGUUAACCAGCCUUCUAGCCUUUCUCCGUAUUGGCGUCGACUGAAGGCUGGUGGACAUCUGAAGAAGCAAGUUGUGCCAGCAUGUGGCCAUCUUUGCUGCUUCUGCCCUGGAAUCCGUACAAGGUCUAGGCAGCCUUUGAAGAGGUACAAGAAGCUCAUUGCUGAGACAUUCCCUGUAUAUCCGGAGGAAGAACCAAAUGAUCGUAAGGUUGGGAAACUCUGUGAAUAUGCUGUGAGGAACCCUUUACGGAUCCCAAAGAUCACAUAUACCCUUGAGCGACGGUUUUACAAGGAAAUAAGAAAUCAGAACUUUCGAGGUGCAAGAAUUGUCAUGGCUAUAUACAGGAAGCUAUUGAUUUCAUGCAAGGAUCAAAUGCCCCUUUUUGCUAAUAGUUUGUUAGCAAUCAUGCACACUCUGCUGGAUGAGACACGACAAGAUGACAUGCAAAUUAUCGGAUGCCAAACAUUGUUUGACUUCGUAAAUAGUCAGAAAGACGGGACUUACAUGUUCACCUUAGAAAAAUUUAUCCCUAAACUCUGUCAAUUAGCUCAAGAAGUUGGGGAAGAUGAGAGAGUGGUGCCACUACGUUCGGCUGGGUUGCAAGCUCUUUCUUCAAUGGUUUGGUUCAUGGGUAGAUACUCCUAUAUGUCACCGGAGUUUGACAAUAUCGUUUCCGUAGUUUUGGAAAAUUAUGGAGCUCCAGGAAAGGACUCUUGGGUACGUGAAAUGCUUAAAAAUGAUCGCAGUGUCACCCCAAAAGACGCUUUGGUGAAGGUUCAAUCAUGGCGAGCAAUCGUUAAUGAUAAGGGUGAAGUAACUGUGUCAACAGAAGAUGCUAAAAGCGCAAGCUUUUGGUCUCGUGUGUGUCUCCAUAACAUGGGUAAGUUGGCUAAGGAAGCUACAACCAUGAGGCGUAUUCUGGAAUCUUUAUUCCGUUGUUUUGAUAAUGAGAAUCAUUGGCCCGCUUCAAGUGGGGUCGCAUUCCCAGUACUCAAGGACAUGCAGACCAUAAUCGAUGAAUCUGGAGAAAUUACGCAUUUUCUGCUUUCGGUAUUAGUCAAACAUCUUGACCACAAAAAUGUCAUUAAACGACCAAACAUGCAACUCGACAUUCUAGAAGUUGCCACGUCACUCUCCCGUGAAACAAAGAUAAAAGCAUCUGUUGCAAUAGUCGGUGCUAUAAGUGACAUCAUUAGACAUUUGAAAAAAUGCAUACAUCAUUCACUAACCGAUGGAAACCUUGGAACUGAUGUCAUCAACUUUAACAAACAGUUCACAGAAGCCAUUGAUGAAUGCCUUGUGGAGUUAUCUUCAAAGGUUGGUGAUGCUAGCCCUAUUUUUGAUAUCAUGGCUGACAUGAUGGAAAACAUCUCCAGUGUUAAAGUUAUAGCACAGACCACAGUUGCUGCUGUUUACCGAACUGCUCAAGUUGUCGCCUCUUUACCAAAUAUGGCAUAUAACAACAAGGCAUUUCCUGAAGCAUUAUUUCAUCAGUUACUUCCUGCUAUGGUUCAUCAAGACAAUGAAACUAGAAUUGGAGCUCAUCGUAUCUUCUCUGUGGUUCUUGUUCCAUCAUCUGUUUGUCCUCAUGCAAGUCCAUCCAUCGAUUUGGAUGAUCCAAAAAGAGCUGAAAUUGUUCCAAGGUCACUUUCCAGAAGUGUUUCUGUGUUUUCUUCUUCAGCUGCCCUCUUUCAGAAAAUGCAAAAGGAGAAGCAGCUUGCUUCCAAUAAAGGAGAUCAAAAAACCAAUAAUGUUGGGGUCAUGAAUAAGAUCAAGUCAACUUACAGCCGAAAGUAUAGCAUGAGAAAUUCUUCAGCUGGUUCAGCAGCAGUUGCAAACAAUGAUAUUGAAGCAGUUACACUUCGGCUCAGUAGUCAUCAAAUAUCUCUACUUCUAUCUUCAAUCUGGACACAAGCCAUCUCCUCUGAAAACACACCUGAAAAUUAUGAAGCAAUUGCUCACACCUACAGCUUGGUGUUGUUAUUCUCUAAAGGGAAAAAUUCUAGCCGUGAGGCUCUAAUCAGAAGCUUCCAGCUGGCGUUUUCGUUGCUUAAUAUGUCUCUUUUGGAAGGAGGUAUAGAAGGAUCACUGCCAACAUCGCGUAGAAGAUCUCUUUAUACAUUGUCAAUCUCCAUGAUAAUUAUCUCUUCUAAAGCUUUUGGUGUUGUCCCACUUGUCCCACUGGCUAAGGCUGCACUUUCUAAUAUGGUUGAUCCGUUCUUAUGUUUGGUUGAUGAUUGCAAGUUGACCACUAAAGAUGGAUCAGAUCAGAAUCAGAUUAAGUUUGGUUCUAAAGAGGAUAAUAAGGCUGCACAGAAAUCCCUUUCGGAUCUAAAGCUUGCAGACAACAUGUCAGCAGAAUCACUGGCUGCUGCAGUUGUCAAACACUUGGAAACUGUCGCAGGGACUGAAAUAACUUCCAUUAAGGAAGAGUUGCUUCACAAAUUCGUGCCUGAUGAUGAUGUAUGUCCUACGGAAUAUGGGUUGGCAGAUAUCUUACAAAAUAAGGGUCGCUUCAAAGAUGAUGUUUCUCCACUCUUUUCGCUUGAUGAUGAUAUCACUAAAGCAGAUUCAGAAACGGCUUUUGAUAUGGAUCUCUGGAGUGUCGAUCAAUUGUUAGACUCAGUGAUGGAAUCUGCACAACAAGUUGGUAGACUGUCAGUAUGCAAUGCACCUAAUAUGUCUUUCUUGGAAAUGACCAAUCACUGUGAGAAACAAACAAAAAUGUCCACUAUGAUGAGCAUGAACCAGAGGCAAAACAAUGGUGACACAAACAAUCAAUCGCAAGCUGGCGAUGGUUUGAAUGAACACAAUGGAGCUCCUGGUGCAAGUAAAUCUGGUAAUGAAGGUGUAACAGAUCAGAUUUCUCCUCUACCAACAUCAAGUCCAUAUGAUAACUUCUUAAGAGCAUCUCAAUAUUAAGGAUGACAUGUUCAGCCAUUGAAGGUCCUAUCCUACGUAUGCAACCCUGAACUAGUGAAAGGAGAACAUAAGAAAGGCUUUUUAAAGUUGGCAUUAAUUAAUUAUUUGUCUUGAUGAUUUUAGUCUUA